AUGUCGGCAUCGGCACCUAGAACGAAACCAUGGGAGGUGUCCCUGGGAACAAGCGCAGCCUCAACUCAACAACAGCCCACGGCAGCACCAUCAUCACUAACGAACCCCGCCUCCGCCGCUGGCACUACAACUUCGGCAGCAGCAAACCCACAUAUUCCAGAUCGGCCCACUUCGCUAACUUCGGAAUUCAAUAACGUCGCAGAGGCCUCUCCCUAUGGCACUUCGAACGCAUACGGCACAGGCACGACCGCCAAUUCAGCGUAUGGCACUCGUGGCAUGUCAGGCUACGGCUCAGGGAUGUAUGGCAGCGGCUACGGCUCGUCGAUGUAUGGAGGUGGCUACGGGGGCUAUGGCUCAGGCAUGUAUGGCGGCGGCUACGGCGGCUAUGGCUCAGGCAUGUAUGGUUCAGGAAUGUACGGGUCAGGGAUGUAUAAUAACCAGGCAAACAUGGGGAUGAUGCAGGGUGGGUUUGGCGAGAGCACGCAGGCGACGUUCCAUUUGAUUGAAAGCAUCAUUGGCGCCGUGGGUGGGUUUGCCCAGAUGUUGGAAGCGACGUACAUGGCUACCCAUUCGUCGUUCUUUACGAUGGUCAACUUGGCGGAGCAGUUUGGCAAUUUGAAAAACGCCCUCGGGAGCUUGCUUGGGAUAUUUGCCUUGAUCAAGUUUGUCAAGAAGAUCUUUGCCAAGUUGACGGGAUCGGACUAUAACCAUGGCCUCAAUGCCGGCGAGUUUGCCAAGUUUGAAAAGAAACAGCACAAGGCGUUGCAGGAGCUGAUAAAAAAGUCCAAAAAUAGCUCGCAGCAGGGGAAAUCGAGAAUCUCCCUUAAGCCGUUGCUCUUGUUUCUCGCGGCCUCGAUUGGGUUCCCCUACCUUCUCAGCAAGGCUAUACAAAUGUUGAAUGAACAAAACAAGAGGAAACAGAUGGAAAUGCAACAGCAGCAGCAACAGCAAUUACAAUCACAAAACGGCGGCGCACCGGUUGAUCUCCAGAAUUUACAAUUUGCCAAGGCGUUGUACGAGUUUAACCCCGAAAACCCCCAGAUUGAAAUCGAGAUGAAGCCAAAUGAACUAGUGGCCAUCUUAUCGAAGUUGGACCCCAUGGGGCAGGAGAGUAAAUGGUGGAAAGUCCGGUCGAGAUCGGGCCAAGUGGGCUACGUGCCUUCAAAUUACCUUGCUGUGAUUGAACGAAAGCCCCAGCAACAACGCCUCCAAGCCCCACCAUCGCCAUCACCAACCCCAGCAACAUCUGCAGCACCACAAUUGAAGCACGCGCAGACUUCCCCGGGAAACGUUUACCAGCCAUCAUCCAAGGAAUGGGACGGCAAGCCCGAUGAGUUGUUGCAAGAGUUUAGAAAAUUCAAUAAUUAA